GGCUAGGAAUGGCUGGGAAUGGCUAGGAAUGGCUAGGAAUGGCUGGGAAUGGCUGGGAAUGGCUGGGAAUGGCUGGGAAUGGCAAGGAAUGCCAGGGAAUGCCCGAAUGAGUUUUUUCCCCCUUGGGUUUAUUACUUAUGGUGAAGUCAACAUAUCGAUUAUAUAUUCUGACAAUAGACUACCGCAUUCAUUCAUACUGCCAGUUCUUCUGGCUGACAAUAUAGAAAACCUUAAAAGACAAAUACAAAAACUUCAAAACUUCAAAAAUAUAGAAUUGAAAUCACUAAUUUUAAAUGUAGAUACUCAAAUAAGUACAGCAUGUUGGAAUGAAGGUCUAAGACUCAAAUCAGUUGGCACUGUCAUCUCAUAUAAAUUAUAUGAAGAUAGUUGUAUCAUCAUGGUAAAAGUACUGGGAGAGAGCGCUUUCGGAGAAGCCUCGUUUAAUUAUCAACUUUUCGUGAGAACUCUCACUGGAAAGACAAUCACUAUUGAAGCAAAUUCUUCGAUGGAUAUUUCUACUGUCAAACAAUACAUCCAAUAUAAAGAAGGUACUGCCCCAGAUCAACAACGUUUAAUAUUUGCGGGUAAACAACUAGAAGAGGAGCAAACUCUCUCCGAUUACAACGUACAAAAGGAGAGUACGCUUCACUUAGUAUCACGUUUACGCGGUGGUAUGUUUCAUUUUACAAGUGGUCGACAAGAUUUCGAUAAAGUACCAAGCGAAUCAGCCGAAGCAAUAAGAAAUGUUCUUACAUUUGAAUUCGAACAUACUAAUCAUCUUGCAUAUUUAUCACCGAGGGAACUGCAAAAUUCCGUUUUACGAGCACAAGCUUUACUCUCAAAGCUAUUCUCUACAACCAGAAGACAUUCUGUAGAGAAUGGUGUUCCAAAUUUGAAAAACAUUAUACUAUCAGAGGCUGCUGAUGACAAUAGCGAAGAGGAUUAUGAGAAUGUUCCCAAUGAUCCAUGA